AAUGAGUUUCUGGAGAUUGGUGUAGAUGAUAUCAGAAAAUAAAUGACUAGAUGUAAUCAAUUAUUUUCGUCUUAAAUAGGAGUGGACAUUUUAGCCAUGUAUGUCUUUGUCUAAGGAAAAAAAGAGCCCUUAAAUUUGUGAUAUUAUUCCAUCAAAAUGUACAAAAUCACAAACCUUAGAUAUAAUUUCAGACUUGGCCUCAAAAUCUUGAACUUUAAACAUGAACCAUUUUUGUGCAAAUUCCAAGAGCUUAUUGUUGCAAACUCUUAAUGGUUUUCUUCUGUUAUGCAUGAUCUCAAGCUUGCACUUGGUAACAACAGCAACAUCAGAAGAAAAUGAAACUGAUCUCAGUGCUUUACUUGACUUCAAGAGUAAAAUAGUUGGAGAUCCAUUCAACAUUAUGAGUUCUUGGAAUAACUCCUUCCACCACUGCAAUUGGACAGGAAUCACCUGCAACAUUUCCAAUGGAAGGGUCAUGAACAUGAACCUUGCAAAACUGAGAUUAAAAGGUACUCUUUCACCAUCCAUAGGAAACCUCACAUUUCUCACCACACUGAACCUGUUGAACAAUAGCUUCCAUGGUGAAAUUCCUCAAGAGUUGGGGCGUUUACACUACGUGCAAACUCUGGAAUUCGCCUUCAAUGACUUUGGUGGAAACAUUCCAAAUAAUCUCAGCCACUGUACACAACUGUUAUCACUUGGUUUUGGUGCUAACAAUCUCACAGGAACAAUCCCAAAUUGGAUAGGAAACAUUUCUUCUCUGACUCGUCUUAGUUUUGCCUUGAACAAUUUUCAUGGAAGCAUACCACAUGAGGUUGGUCUUUUAUCAAGUUUAACACAACUUCUACUAUAUGGGAAUUUUUUGUCUGGCACAGUUCCUUCUUCAAUCUAUAAUCUUUCUUCCUUGUUUUAUUUCACUCUCACUCAAAACAAUCUCCAUGGAAGUUUACCAUCUGAUGUGGGAUUUACUCUUCCUAACCUUGAAGUGUUUGCUGGUGGAGUCAACAAUUUCACAGGGAAUGUUCCUGCAUCAUUGUUAAAUGCUUCAAAACUAGUAGUUCUUGACUUUUCUGUUAAUGCCCUCACUGGAUCACUGCCUAAGAACAUAGGGGCCUUGAACCGGUUAACUAGACUUAGUUUUGAGCAUAAUAGGCUUGGAACUGGUAAAGCAGGAGAUCUUAAUUUUCUUGAUUCUUUGGUCAAUUGCACAUCUCUACAGGUUCUACGCCUCGGAACGAAUCGCUUUGGUGGAGUGUUGCCUGAUUCAAUUGCUAAUUUCUCAACCCAAUUGUACACAUUUGCCUUUGGUUCCAAUGAAAUACGAGGAAAUAUACCUGCUGGGAUUAGCAAUCUUGUUAACUUGACCCUUUUAUCAUUGGAAGGAAACCACUUAAUUGGUAGUGUUCCUGAUGCAAUAGGCAAGCUGCAAAAUCUGCAAGAGUUGUAUCUCAAUGUCAACAACUUUUCAGGAAGAAUCCCAUCCUCUUUAGGAAAUUUGUCUUCAAUAAAUAAACUCUUUCUGGAGGAGAACAACUUUGAAGGAAGCAUACCUUCAAGUCUUGGAAAGUGCAAGGAGUUAUUGGUGUUUAGCCUUUAUCGUAACAAGCUUAGAGGCACAAUACCAAAAGAAGUUUUUAGCCUUUCUUCACUAUCAAUAUAUUUGGAUGUGUCUUACAAUGCUUUGUCAGGGACACUGCCUGUUGAAGUGGGUAAGCUGCAAAACCUUGGAGAGUUGGUGCUGUCUGGUAACAACUUCUCAGGAGUCAUUCCAUCUUCUCUUGGCAGCUGCAUUAGCUUGGAAAAGCUGCGUUUGCAGGGUAACUCUUUCCAGGGAAACAUUCCUCAAAGUUUGAAGGAUUUGAGAGGUUUACUUGAUAUAGAUCUUUCGCGCAAUAACCUGUCUGGUAAGAUUCCUGAGUUUCUUGGUGAGUUCACACAACUCAAGCGCCUUAAUCUUGCUAACAACAGUUUUGAAGGUGAAAUACCAAUGAAUGGAAUCUUCAAGAAUGUAACUUCCAUUUCAUUAUAUGGAAACAGCAAGCUCUGUGGUGGUGUCCCACAAUUGAAUUUUCCUUCAUGCACUGUGAGGAAAACCUCUUCCUUAAGAAAACUUCUUUCCCCUAAGGUGGCUAUCCCUAUAGGUAUUGCACUUGUUCUUGUCCUCUUGAUGUCAUGUUUUCUUACAAUCUUCCUCAUUGUGAAAAGAGAAAAAAAGAGAACUUCAUUAUCAACUACCUCCUUGGAAUUGGGAUUUUCUUACUCAGAAAUUGCAAAUUGCACUGGUGGGUUCUCCCAGGAUAACUUGGUUGGCUCAGGAAGUUUUGGUUCUGUAUAUAAAGGAACUCUUUCAGGUGAUGGACCAAUUGUUGCAGUGAAAGUGUUGAAUCUUCAACAAAGAGGGGCUUCGAGAAGCUUCAUUGAUGAAUGCCAUGUUCUGAGGAAUACAAGGCACCGCAACCUUCUCAAGAUCAUAACUGCCAUCUCAAGUGUUGAUCAACAAGGUAAUGAGUUCAAGGCUCUAGUCUUUGAGUUCAUGUCUAAUGGAAGUCUAGAAGAUUGGUUGCAUCCAAUUAGUAACCUUCAAUCUCAAACCAAGACAUUGAAAUUUAUCCAGAGACUGAACAUUGCAAUUGAUGUUGCUUGUGCCCUGGAAUAUCUCCACCACUCGGGUGAAACACGAAUUGUUCAUUGUGAUAUAAAGCCAAGCAAUGUUCUUCUUGACAAUGAUUUGGUAGCCCAUGUUGGUGACUUUGGUUUAGCUACAUUUCUGUUUGAAGAACCAAGCAAUUUUUCCAAACAAUCAAUCAUGUCAGCUAGCCUAAGGGGUUCUAUUGGAUAUGUCCCUCCAGAGUAUGGCAUGGGUGGAAAGCCUUCUACGCUUGGAGAUAUCUACAGUUACGGAAUACUAUUACUUGAGAUCUUCACAAGAAAAAGACCAACUGAUGAAGCAUUUGAAGGUGGCAUGGGAAUUCGCCAGUUUAUAGCAAUGGCUCUACCUAACAAUGUCAUGGAUGUAAUUGAUCCUUCAUUUAUCUGUGAAGAUGAAUUUGAUGAUGAAAGUGAAGAAUUUGAAGAAAAUGAAGAAGAAGAAAGAGCUAUUAGGGGAAACUAUGAGAUUGAAGUCCAUGGUAAAGGUUUGUUGGAGGCUUGCAUUGUAUCAGUGAUGGAAAUUGGAGUGUCUUGCUCAGCAACUGCUCCAAGUGAACGGAUGCCAAUCACUGCAGUGGUUAAAAAACUGCAUGCUAUCAAGAACUCACUUAUAAAGAAGAAGGAUAAAGUAUAAUGCUAGCUAUAUGAACAAUAUUAAGAAGACAAAUAAGAUAAUAAAUGUGUACCACAUGAUUUUGUGCAUAACUAGAUUUAGACCUGUCAAAAUAAACAGGUGCCUCAGUUCAUGAUAAUCUCAAAAAUUAUAGACCAUGUAAUAACCAUUUAUUUCAAAUUUCAAUUGUUUUGCAAGUGCUUAAUAUUUCUUGCAAGAAAUUUAGUAGUCGUUUGACAGGGAAAUUUCAUGAGUCAGAGU